AAUUUCACUUCACCGUAGAAUAAAUAGUUAGUAUGCUGUUAAAUAUAUUUUAUUCCAGCGCAUAUAGCAAACAAGACUGACCUGCUUUGCUGAUGCUAGCUAGCAGCGGGUUGGACGUUCCAACAGGAAUCUGUUCCAAAAAUUAAAUAACAAGGUUGUAUAGCGGCAAUAAGAUACCGGGUAGGAAGUGGGCUUUUUCAUUACGUUUUUCACUCACCACGUUUAUUCGGAAAACAUGUCUGUCAUUACUUUGGUAGCCUAUGGACAAACAUUAAGAAUAGGCUACGUUGAUGCCUAUUCGGCAGCUAGUUAGCUAGGCGAAUUGAGCAUGCUACUUUAUAUAACGUUAUGCGUUGUUUGCUGGCAACCUUGUACUUUACCAAGUGUUUGGAACAGAUUCCUGUUGGAACGUUCCACACGUUAUACCCACCCGCUAACAGCUGCUAUCGUUGGCUAGCCUCCUACCGUUAUGCUUUUGCUUCCUUUUUUUGCUAGCUAGUUAGCCAGUUUGUUAUGAUAGUUCAUUUACUAGCUGACUUAGUUUACAAACCAGUCGACAGUCAACUGACAUUCUUGCUAACUGAUGAGUAAUUUAAAUUAAUGGCAAUGCCAUAUAACGAGCUAGUUAGCAUAAUUGGCACGAUGAGUGGACCAGUGAAUUAAACAAAGAUUAACUUGCCCGUUUGUUAACCAAAUCAUGUUAGCUAGCUUAUCUAGCUAUAGAACCUGUAGCUAGCUAUAGACCUUGUUAUUUGGCGAUUUCUUGUUGAUUUGAAGAAGCCAGCCUACCAAUGUUACCCAAUCAAUGUCUAGAUAGCUAACUAACUUCUAUUUGUGUCUCAGUUUGUCAAAUGCCGAUUGAUGUGUAGCAGUUAGCUACGAGCACAGCAUUGGUUGGCUAACCCUCCUCCUGGAGAGCUACUGCUGGUUGUACAGUAAAGGCUUUCUUUUAUCUAGCCCUGUUCUAAUACGCAUCCAGUAAGACAACAUAUAGGGAUGAAGGCCGUAACUUAGUUAACGAACACUUUUGAAAACAUUUAUUGUGGGACUUACCUUUCCCAACAAGGUACUCUUGAAGAAAACAAAGCUGUCACCAUGGGGAAAGCCCUCUCCCUCCUGCCCAAGCAGGCAUGCCAUGAAGACUCCCAGGACAGCCUGACCACCACCCAGGAGGAUGAUGGGAAGAGAGAGGAUGUGUCCCAGUUCCCCUACGUAGAGUUCACAGGCCGCGACAGCGUCACAUGUCCCAGCUGCCAGGGCACUGGGAGGAUACCUAGAGGCCAAGAGAACCAGCUUGUAGCAUUGAUCCCAUACAGUGACCAGAGACUCAGGCCCAGGAGAACAAAGCUGUAUGUGAUGUCCUCGGUGGUUGUGUGUCUGCUGCUGUCCAGCCUGGCUGUCUUCUUCCUGUUCCCUCGUACCAUAGACGUCUCCUACGUGGGCGUCAAGUCGAUCUUCGUCACCUAUGACGAGGACAAGAGGAUUGUCUAUCUCAACGUGACGAACACUCUGAACAUCACCAAUAACAACUACUACAGUGUAGAGGUGUCCAACGUCACAGCCCAGGUCCAGUUCUCCAAGACAGUGAUUGGGAAGUCCCGCAUCAAUAACAUCACUGCUAUCAGUCCUCUGGGCAUGGAGCAGGUUGACUACAUGGUUCCCACCAUUCUAGCAGAUGAUAUGAGCUACAUGUAUGAUUACUGCAGCCUGCAGACCAUAAAGGUGCACAACAUCGUUGUCAUGAUGCAGGUGACUGUGACGACGAUGUACUUUGGCCACAUGGAGCAGGUCACACAGGAGAUGUACCAGUAUGUAGACUGUGGAGGUAACACCACCACUCUGAGGGGGGCGCAGCCCAAGGUGUCUAAUGCCCCAAUACCCCCAGAGUAACCCCCUUGCCCUACCUGACCUGGAGAAGUUCCUUGGAAGCUAGUCUAACAUCAGCGAUCUUGCAGAACUACUGGUUGUUUAGGCUUGUGCUCCAGCCCUUCUCUAACAAAGCUGGUCAAUUGAAGGUGGUAUGUUCGAGCAGGGAUACGUGUUUGCACCCAGUAGUUCUCCAGGAGGAGAGUUGGCCACCACAGCCAUAGAUGGAUCACUGUGUUUCUCCCUCUACCACCCCUCUACCGAUGAAGACCUCACUGUAGAUGUCAUGUAAUUCUGUGUUCGCUCACCAUUGUGUUGGGAGUAUAUGCCAGGUGUGCGGUGGGGGGGAUGUGUCUACUGACAAAAAUAUUUGUUUUUAAUGUCUAAACACUAAGUACCAUACUGUUUCAGUACCAAACCAUUAUGCACUUUAUUAAUGCAUUUAACAUUCAACUUCUCAUUGUGUUCAUGGAAAAUGUUACAAAGCCACUCCACACUCCUCCAAACCACUUGAACUGUAGAUGUCUGAACUAAUAAUCCUCAAACUAUGGAUGAGGAUGACCUCAGACUUCUCUCAGUAAGCUGGUCUCAAAUCUGUAUCUCUAUGAUAGUCGAAGGAGUUGAACCAACAGAUCUGGGACCAGUCAACUAUUCUCAAAGUCGUACCUCACGUAACACAUUAAUAAUGUGUAUUAUUAUGACAGGUGAAUCUAGUGUAUUAUUUAAUUCUGCUGAAAAGUCAGAGGCACAGUGAGCCAAGUCUGAAAUGACACCUAUAUAGAACACACUACUAGGCCUCUAGCCAAAGGUAGUGCGCUAUAUAGGUUUCUCAAACUAACCUCUGGACCUCGAAGCCAGUUCCACUGUGCUUUGUUCAUGGUUCCCUUCUAAUCUGGGACUGAUUUUAGACCUGGAACACCAGGUGUGUGCAAUUUGAAUUAUCAGGUAGAACAGAAAAGUAUUAGGCUCCGGACCUCGUAGAGAGAGUUGAAUACCCCUGGUAUAGGGGAUAGGGUGCUGUUUGGGGUGAAGUCAGAAUGUGGCAUUUCUCAUAUGUAUAAUCUUGUAAUGACCGGGCUCUCCUCUAGAGGGCUCUCUGUACAAUCUUGAUUUGGACCAGUUGUUUACUAAUAUUACCCUCUGUUGGGUGAUCCAACUGUGUUAAUGUGUGAUCCAUUGAUUGAAUUAAAAGGCUUAUGUCCCUAAAAUGGAGUCAUUUAAAGAAAUUAAGAUGUUAAAAGUUCAUUCCAUCACUGUUCCCAAUUGGUACAAUAACAAGAUUGAUUGAUAGUGAUUCAUUAUCAGUAAUUGACCUCUUCCUUCUGAGUUCGUGCUUACGAGGGACUCGCAUAAUGUUUUGUGAUACCAACCUACUGCUGACUUGAAUUUGACCAACUUAGUUUUUACACGCGUGAAGAGGAUAACCUGCAAGGGACUUUGCACAUUUUUGAUAAAUGACUUGCCUGCAUAUCAAACUCAGUUGGAGAGUUUAGAACUACCUAGAUUUAAUACCACGUUUGUAAUAUGAUUCCUACCCACAUUGCGGAAAACCUUUUUGAAAUGUACAACUCAAAUAGAAACGACCCUCUGUCAUAGAAAUAUACCUUGAAUUUCUUUAUGAAUUAUCAUACUUAGUAGUUUGCCGUUAUCUAAUUUGCAGUUUCCUGGGUUAUCGUAGAGCACAACAUUUAACAUGUGUACAGUCGUUUGUUCUUAAUUAAUCUUGUAUGGAAGAGUGGAUCAGCUUUUGAAUGAAUGUUAGGAUUGAGUGAAGACUUGCAGUACUACUGACACAUCAACUAGAAGAGUGGUUUAUCUGAUCAGGUUGUUCUUUCCUAAUGUCUACUUCUGCUGUGGGGUACUGACAUUUAUUUUGAUUAACGGUAUUUGACAAUGUAAAUACAAGCAAUUUUUUUAAUGUAGUUGAUGUUUUUAUUAUUUGCUUUUCAUCAUGAUACAUUCAAAAUGUGUGAUCACGAUUUGUCCUACCUAGUUUAAUUGUAUGGUUACCCUUUCUGAAAGCGUGAAUAAAGUUUUCGACAUCUCA